AGCACGUGACUUGUAGAUUUCUUGUUAGGCAAUUCUGGUUUCUCUUUCGCCAUCUUUCGCCAUUUACGCGUCCCUGGGUUUACUAUCGUUAAGAAAUCUGCUGACAACAGGCCGACACUUCUACGCCAACAUCGUACCGUUGCAAACCGGCCCUAGAGAACCUUACCCUGAGAUAGGGCUACCUACCACGAAACCUACAAUCGGGAGAUGCUGAAGCAUGGCGCCGUUCGCCAGGGCAUUCGUCGGUGCGCCAGGUCGUAUCUGUCUAGAAGAGGGUAUGCGUCGGUGACGGAUUUGGAGAGUUAUCCCAAACCUGGAGAGAGCAUACAUGGAUUUACCCUGAGAGAAAUAAAACAUGUGCCCGAGUUACACUUGACGGCGUUGAGGUUGGAGCAUGACAAGACCGGCGCAGAGUACCUCCAUGUCGCUCGGGACGACAAGAACAAUGUCUUUGCCAUCAACUUCAAAACAAACCCUACGGACAGAACAGGUUUGCCGCAUAUCCUCGAACAUGUGACGCUAUGCGGGAGCGAAAGGUAUCCUGUGAGGGAUCCCUUUUUCAAGAUGAUGCCGAGAUCACUGGCCAAUUUUAUGAACGCAUUUACAUCUUCCGAUUACACCUCAUACCCGUUUGCCACGACAAAUCUUCAAGAUUACCGCAAUCUGUCGUCUGUGUACAUGGAUGCAACUCUCCACCCGCUGUUGAAACGGACGGACUUCCUGCAAGAAGGGUGGCGGCUUGGUCCCGAAGACCCCCGGGCACCGCCAACGGAAGACAAUAUCAAGUUCAAAGGAGUUGUCUACAACGAGAUGAAAGGGCAGAUGUCGGAUGCUAGCUAUCUUUUCUACAUCAGAUUUAGAGAACACCUUAUACCCUCUCUACACAAUUCUGGGGGUGAUCCCGAAUUCAUGACCCAGCUCACGCACGAUCGACUCGUCGACUUCUCUCGCAAGAACUACCAUCCCAGCAACGCAAAGAUCUUCUCUUAUGGCAGUCUAAGCCUGGCAGAACAACUUCAGUAUGUGGACGAGACCAUAUCAAAAUUUGAAAAGGCCGCGCCGGAUUCAGAGAUCAAGAUGCCCAUCAGUUUUUCUAAAGGCCCCCUAGCCUUCGAAGUCCCCGGCCCAGUCGAUACAAUGCAGCCCCCUGACCGGCAAUUUAAGUCUUCCGUUUCCUGGAUGGGCUGUCCCUCUUCGGAUAUUGUCGAGACCUUUUGUGUGAGCAUAAUGAUGUCCUUGCUGAUGAAUGGCUAUGGCUCCCCUCUGUAUCAAGGGCUGAUCGAAUCGGGCUUGGGUACCAACUUCAGCCCUAAUUCCGGAUACGAUGCCUCUGCAAGGGUUGGGGUAUUCUCGAUCGGGCUCGAUGGUAUGAAAGCUGAAGAUAUUUCUGGGCUGAAACAGACCAUUCAGAAAAUUUUGCAAGAAAAAGCUCACGAAGCGUUUCAGUCAAACAAGAUUGAAGGUUACAUGCACCAGCUGGAGCUUUCCUUGAAACACAAAACGGCCAAUUUUGGAAUGGGUCUACUGGAGAAAACUCUCCCUGGGUGGUUCAACGGAGUCAACCCAAUGGACUCACUGGUAUGGAACGAGAUCAUCGACGCCUUCAGACAGCGGAUGACAACAGAGAAAUAUCUUGACCGACUUGUACAAAGAUAUCUCUUGAACGACAGCUGCAUGCAAUUUACAAUGACACCCUCACAGUCUUACGGUGAAGACCUGGAUACACGAGAAGAAGAUCGAAGGAAGAGCAUCCUAGAAACCAUCAAGAAAACCGCCAGCUCACCUGAAGCCGCCAUCUCUGAGCUCGGUCAACAGGAACUCGACCUCGUUGAGGAACAAGAAAAGGCCCAGGACAAGAACUUGGACACCCUCCCAACUCUCCGCGUUAGUGACAUUGCUCGGGAAAAGGAGAGGAAACCACGAUAUCAUCUGAAGAUUGGUGAUGUGGAUUGCUUGUGGCGGGAAACCGAGACAAACGGCAUCACAUAUUUCCAAGCCAAGCAUCUUUUGAAGAACCUUCCUAACGAGCUGAGGCUACUCCUGCCACUAUUUACGGAUUCGCUGAUGCGAUUGGGCACGAAAACAAUGUCCGUGGGAGACCUGGAAGCCGAAAUUCUUCUGAAGACCGGCGGCAUAACGGUCUCAUCGUUUGCGGCACCCGACCCGUGGAGCUUGGAGGGAUGCAACGAAGGCCUCUUGAUUGACGGGUAUGCGCUCGACAGGAAUGUUCCAGCCAUGCUUGACCUCAUCCGUACGCUGCUUUUGGACAUUGACUUCACAAGCCCAGGGGCUAUUGCUGCCAUUCGAGAGCUCCUGGAAUCUAAAGCUUCAGGCGCAUUGGACACCGUUGCAGAAAGCGGUCACCAUUUCGCCAUAACGAGCGCUUCUGCAGCCCUGACGCAAAGAGGCCGGAUUCAAGAUCAGCUUUCUGGUCUCUCACAAAUAGAAUCUACAGCUCGGAUUCUGGAAGCAGCCAGGCGAGAUCCGGAGAGCUUGGAGAAGGUCAUCCAGAAGCUGCAGACCAUUCAAUCAAUAGCAGUCACCAACUCAGCCGAUUUGUCAAUGCGUCUCGUGUGUGAGCCUGAUUCGGUGAAGGAUAAUCGAGAUCUCAUUGAGAGAUUUCUGGUGCAACUACCACGAGGUCAACCAUUAGUGAGCAGUUCAGCUCUAUCAAACGCUGUACCUGGUUCGUUGUUGUCGAGGCGAGCAUUCUUCGACUUGCCAUUCCAGGUCUCCUAUACAGGAACAUGCCUGCAAACUGCACCUUAUAACUCACCGGACAAAGCACCACUCACCGUGCUUGGCCAGCUGCUGGUCCACAGCUUUCUCCAUCCCGAAGUCCGAGAAAAAGGUGGCGCAUACGGUGCAUCGGCGAGCGCAAGCCCCAUCAGUGGAUUGUUCACCAUGUCUUCGUAUCGGGAUCCUAAUCCCCGCACUUCGAUAAGUGUGUUCGAGCGCGCGGGAGUGCACGCCCGCGACAAAGACUGGAGCGGCCGAGAACUUGAGGAGAGCAAGCUAAGCAUCUUUCAAGGCAUCGAUGCUCCCAGAAGCGUGAGCAGCGAAGCUAGUAAAGAGUUUAUGUACGGCAUCACGGAGGAUAUGGACCAGGAGAUGCGCGAGCGCCUACUGGGUGUCACCAAAGAGGCUGUGCAAGCGGUCGCCCAAAAGUACCUUGUGGACCUCCCUUCGGAUUUGAAGUCCGUCUGCGUCCUUGGAGAGAAGAAAGACUGGAUCGAGCGCGAUCCAGAUCGUUGGCAGGUCAAGACCUUGAACAUGUCUGCCGAGGGCUAGACACUUGUUACAGUAAGUGCUGUGAAACAUUGUAUAUUUAUCCACUCUUCAAAAGAUACCCCAAUAGAGUCCAAUGAGCCAACUGGUUAUCUCACGUCCUUCCCCUUUCCUCUCUCU